AUGUGGCGCCUACUCGCAGCCACCGUAGGCUUUCUCACUCAGCAAGCCUCUGCCCACGGCGGUGCUGCAAACUACACAGUUGGAGACAUCUGGUACCCAGGCUACGACCCCUACGCCGGCUCCUGGCAAGACACAGACCCCACCAUCCCCCAACGCAAAUGGAUCACCAACGAGCCCAUCUUCGAAACCACCAACCACUCCCUCGCCUGCAACUUCCCCGGCACCCCCGCCCGCGCCUCCAUCCCGUUCCCCGCCGGCUCUAACAUCUCCGCCAUGUACAACACGUGGGUGCACACUGUCGGCCCUAUGAUCGCAUGGAUGACGCACUGCACAAACGACGAUUGCGCGACCUUCGACCCCGUCGCCUCAAACGCGGAUUGGUUCAAGAUUGGCGAAAAGGGCUUGCUCGAGGGGGAUAUCCUGACGGGCUCGUGGUUCCAGAAGGAGUUUAGUCGGUGGGAUGGCAGUCCGAGCGUGUGGACGGAGCGGGUGCCCGAGUCGUUGCGGCCGGGCGCGUAUCUCAUUAGACAUGAGAUUGUGAGUUUGCAUAGUGAGCAUAGGCCUCAAUUCUAUCCGGAAUGUCUUCAGGUGAGGGUUACGGGGCAGGGGAACGCUUUUCCGGGGAAGGAAUACAUGGCUAAGAUUCCUGGUGUGUGGAGUAUGGACCAACCAGAGAUCAAUAUGAAUCCGUAUGAUCCGGAGACGGGUAGUAAGACGGAGUAUAAGAUUCCCGGGCCGCCGGUUUGGACUGGUUGAGAUGGAUUGAGGUUUUGAAUCGCGUGUGUUGUCCAAAGAAU